GCCGGUCCUGCCGGCCCCAGCGAGGCCCGGACCCAGGUGGUAGUGGUGGGUGCCACUUUCCCCGCGGGGCUGAGCGAGUUGCUGGGGAAGUUCACUGACGUGCAACACUUUGUCACCCUGGCCACGCGGAGCCUGCACUGCCAGCCACCCCACGUCCCGCAGAAGUUCAUCCGCAUCAAGUGCCAGGACAAGCUGACCGAGCUGCUGCAGCUCAUCAAAGACCGCCGGCCGUCUGCCGGGGCUGUCCUUGUCUUCUGCAACAACGCCAGCACAGUCAACUGGCUGGGCUACAUCCUGGAUGACCACAAAAUCCGGCACCUGAGGCUGCAGGGACAGAUGUCGGCAGCCGACAGAGUCGGCAUCUUUGCCGCCUUCCAGAAGGGCCAGGUGGACAUCCUCGUGUGCACUGACCUGGCUGCGCGGGGCCUGGACACGAGCAGUGUGGAGCUGGUGGUCAACUAUGACUUCCCCGCCAGCCUGCCGGACUACCUGCACCGCGCGGGGCGCGUCGGGCGCGUGAGCAGCAAGGCGCCCGGCACCGUGGUCAGUUUUGUCACCUAUCGGUGGGAGGUUGACCUGGUGCGGCAAAUAGAGACUGCGGCCCGGAAAAGGAUGGUGCUCCCAGGCAUGGAGCCCUCUCUUAAGGAGCCUCGGCCUAAAGCAGCUUGA